UUUUGGAAAUGAAUAGCAACGAGAGGCGUCGUUCCUCCGCGGCCACAGAGUUUUUGGAGGUUGUUGUGAGGCCCAAGAAAUAUUACAAAGCAAAGCAUCCUCCCGAUCAUGCGGAUCGUGAUAAAAUUAUCGUCAGUUCAGGGGAGAAGUUUCGCAUACUUAAAAACGUGGCCGUCAUAUCCCUGGCCAUGACGAUACAGUAUGUGGCCUAUCAGGGCACUCUCAAUCUACAGUCAUCGCUGAAUGCCAAGGAGGGGCUGGGCACCAUAGCCCUCUCUUGCAUCUACCUUUCCAUGGGCAUAUCCUGUCUGCUCCUGCCGACCAUCAUGAUACGUCUGCUCACCUGUAAGUGGACCCUGGUCGUCGGACAGGUCUGCUUCAUACCCUAUAUAGCCCUGCAGCUGUACUCGCGCUUUUACACACUCAUUCCGGCGGGCAUUUUGCUGGGCGUGUUUGCUGCCCCCAUGUGGGCCGCCCAUGCCACCUAUCUCACCCAGAUCAGUCAGAUAUAUGCGAUUAUAACCUCCUCCCAGAUGGACGCUGUGAUCACGCUAUUCUUUGGUAUAUUCUUCUUUGCCUGGCAGAAUGCCGACACCCAAGGAAACUAUCGGGAGCAGGAGAAGUACGCGACACUGGCCAAUGAUCUAAGGUCUGCCCGUCUGCUCCGGGAUGCGGAUCUCGCCAAGCAAAAGGCUGACUACUACACCAAGCAGAUCGAGGAGGCACCCGAUCGGGAUUCCGAUGGAGAGGACGACGAGCUCGAGCAGGACGUGACUGUCAACGAGGGACAGAGAAAUGACUGA